UAUUGAUUUUACAACAACAAUAACAACACAGUAAUAACAAAACUAAUGAUAACACAAAAAGCCCAAGUCAAUUAGGAAUAUGCGGAAGUUCAUCCUGUUGAUAAAGCCAUAUGUUGACCUUUGUCAACCGAUCUCACAUACUUUUGUGGGCUGCAGGUAGCAUACACACCGGCUGCAAAUGAUAGUUCCUCAACGAUAAGCGCAACCCAUAGUCGCGCCACCCAUUCGUUGGCUGAUAAGAGCAGCUGCUACAGCUGGCCGAGGCAGAACAAGUUAAAUAGGCUUCGCUCCGCAGAGAGGCAAACAGUCAUCAGUUGUGAGACACACGCGGAGCAAAACAGACGCAAAAAUCGACGGCGAGCAGAGCAGGAAGCACAAUAGCACAAAUGAAUGAAGAAGCUCUGCGAGACGGACAAGUGCAAGAAACGGGUUAAGUAAGAUACGUUAACACACUCGGACUCGGACUCGACUCGACGGUGAUCGGUCAGCGAUCUUUGGCUUUGGAUCAGCAUCUAGCAUCUGCAACCUCAACGUACGCAUCUUUACUUUGGGCAUCGGAAUCUGCGUUUCAAGGGCAGAUCGCAUUUUUUUUGUUCCGUUUAGCUGAAUCACUAAACGGGGGUCACCGCCAGGCAGAUAUUUACCUGAAUACAGAAUGGCCCCACCCACUGUUUUGGUCACCGGAGGAGCCGGCUACAUUGGUUCCCACACUGUGCUGGAGAUGCUCAACGCUGGCUACAACGUCAUCUGCGUGGAUAACCUGUGCAAUGCCUACAGCAGUGGUGCCGCCAAGCUGCCCGAGGCCCUGAGCCGUGUCCAGGACAUCACCGGCAAGAAGGUGCACUUCUAUCGCGUGGACAUUACCGAUCGGGAGCAAGUUCGUUCCGUUUUCCAGGAGCACAAAAUCGACAUGGUGGCCCACUUUGCUGCCUUGAAGGCUGUGGGCGAAUCCUGUCGCAUUCCACUCCAAUACUAUCACAACAACAUGACCGGCACCAAUGUCCUGCUGGAGGCCAUGGCUGACAACAAUGUCUUCAAGUUCGUGUACAGCUCCAGCGCUACGGUCUAUGGUGAGCCGAAAUUCCUGCCCGUGACCGAGGAACACCCCACAGGCAACUGCACAUCGCCCUACGGCAAGACAAAGUACUUUACCGAAGAGAUCCUCAAGGAUCUGUGCAAGUCAGACAAGCGCUGGGCCGUGGUAUCUUUGCGUUAUUUCAACCCAGUGGGCGCCCACAUAAGCGGAAGGAUUGGGGAGGAUCCUAACGGCGAGCCCAACAAUCUGAUGCCUUACAUUGCACAAGUGGCCGUGGGUCGUCGUCCCAGCCUGAGUGUUUACGGCAGUGACUUCCCCACGAAGGACGGUACUGGUGUUCGUGAUUACAUCCACAUCGUAGAUUUGGCCGAGGGCCAUGUGAAGGCUUUGGACAAGCUGCGGAACAUUGCGGAGACGGGAUUCUUCGCCUAUAACUUGGGCACCGGAGUGGGGUAUUCGGUGUUGGACAUGGUGAAGGCGUUCGAGAAGGCCUCCGGAAAGAAGGUCACCUACACGCUAGUUGAUCGACGAUCCGGUGAUGUGGCCACCUGCUAUGCGGACGCCAAGUUGGCAGAGCAGAAGCUGGGCUGGAAGGCUGUCCGUGGCAUUGACAAAAUGUGCGAGGACACGUGGCGCUGGCAAAGUCAAAAUCCCAACGGCUAUGCCAAUAAGUAGUGCCUUUCU